CCACCCUAUCUACGUAGCCCGUUCAGCUUCGGGCGCCGUCGUCGGAGCAACGGGAUCGCGCGGCACCGGGGCGUUCAGUCGGGAUCGCGUUCAACCCGCGUCAACCACGUAGAGAUUUACGUCGCGUCCGUCGUCGGCUGGACCACUGUAUCGUGACCCAGCACCUCGUGGCACGCCACAUCCCGCUCGUCUUACUCGUUGAAAGUCGUCCGAUUACUGGACCGAGUUGCCUAAACACGCAAGAAUUUGUCUCAAGGAACAUUACUCGAGCCAACGAUCUCAAAUCCUGCUAGAGCUCGUCUCCCGCGUUUGGGCAACUGAAAUGCUUGGCCGAAUACGGAUCGCGAGAGAGAAAAUGUUUGGCGAUUAGGCGGAGUGGAAGAGAUGCGCGUAAGGUACCCUGUUUCCGAAUCUUUGAGGUGACAAACCGUGAAGAAAAACUAUAAACAUGCCGGGUGGUGGACGAGUCGCGGGUAAAGUUGGGAUAUAUAGCUCUCACUACAAUGGAAAGGGCUACAGUGGCAUAAACGAGGAGAUCAUCUGGAUCAGCAUAGGCAUGGGGAUCACCAUUGCCAUCUUAAUCACCAUAGCGCUCUGCUAUAUCGCUCGUGAAAAGUGUCGCAAACGACACGAAGGGUACUAUACGUCAUGACGUAUGUUUCCACCGCCUUCAUGGGCAUCCUGGUCAUUUAGCCCGACGACACCAGGAAUCCUUUUCAGUCCGACCACGUCAAGAGGUAAACCACGGGCUUACUACAUCACCGUCUAAAUUCUCUCACGCUUCUCCGCGGAAAAAGCCCUAUAGCCGCACGAAAAAUUCCAGUGGAAUAUGAAUGAACGUAAAGAAAAAUGCACGAUUUCGUCUACAUUAACGUAUCUUGGUAAGGUUGCGCGCAAAAAUGGAUUUUCCAAUCAUGGAAAUCCAGGAAUUAUAACACAGAUCUCCGAUUCUAUCGUCUGUUUAAAAAGAAGUCACAUUCGAAAAAGAGAUUGAAAGAAUUA